GUCUUUCUGUUGCCGUUGUUAUCAUUCCGUUUUGCCCCUUUUGGUCCAUCGAAAUUGCCGAUAUCCGCUCGUCGGCAGUUCUUUGUGUCCAUAAUCUUUGUGUAAUAAUAUCUGGACCCCGGCGUCACGCUCUCACCGUCGUCCUCCCCGCCAUGUCUCGGCGCCAGCCGCCCUCCACGUGUCUCAGCCAAAGGCCUCACGACCACCGCGUCUCAGAUGUCACUAUCCACUUUAACGCUUGCCUGCGUGUAUCGAAACAAAAGAAAUUCUUCGACAGCCUCCCACCAGAGUCGCAGCAACGUAUUCUGCGUCAUGGCGAAAAGAUUGCCGACCUACGCACCCGGCUCGAGACGGCACAAUGCGAUUCGGCGGCCGCAGCGCGCCUCCGGGCCUUCAAGGUUGCCAUGAGUCGUUGGCGUGUUGCGACUGGCUGCCCCCACACAUCUGACACGCCCCGUCCACCUUUUGAUCCCGUCUCUCGGCGCCCGUCGGGGGUGCCGACCUAUGUCGGGCCGGAGGACUUGGUCAACGAGUACAUCAAAGCCACUGUUGUCUGCUUCAAGCAUGGCCGUCCGUACGACGUACCGGGUCUUCCGGGCAGCUUUCCGAACCAAAAGGCUACCAUGAGCGACUUGCUUUCCGAGGACGAGAAGAGAAACCCGCUGAUGCAGGGCUCUGACGAUGGGGCCAUCCGCUAUUUCCACCUCCCGGCCAACAACAUGGCGUGGGUUGAGGAAAUCGUGGCCCGCUACUACCACGAGAAGCCGCCCGAGCCCGACGGCUUGUUCUCGAGGUCAAAUUCACCGCGGGAAAGGACUAGGACGGAAAUGCUGCUUCGGCCCGAAUACUGGCAGGGACAGCAGAAUUUCGACCCCCAGUCCGAGGUUCACGCGAGGCACAUGAGGCCAUUCUGUGACGGCAUAUCGACCGACCCGGUCUCGGCGGAACUGGCCCCCAAGAACCUCGCGCUUUUCAUGCCCUAUUUGCACUGGGAGACCGACCGGGGGAGGGCCAAAUCGGCCGAGAUUGUCAAGGAGGUUAGCAAGCAGAACCUGAUGUCCAUCUCUGAGCUCGUCCAUCAAGCCCAGCAUCAAACAUCACGCCCGCAAACAGAGGACACGGCCGCUCCCGUCUGGACGGAGAAGGUUGACCGGAGGAGAGCUCUCGGCGACCUUCUGCGGACGGCCGCGAUACUCCUCGAGGCUAUGGACCUGCACAACGAGGAGCAGCUCAUGGUCAAGUAUCUAUAUGCCCAACCCCCGCUACACCCGCGGAGGACCCUGGACCAGUCUUACUACGGCGCGCUCAAAAGCACCGGCACUCGAGACCGAGACCAGGUCGUGUAUCGAGGCACGACUUUUGAGGCACAUGCAUGUGCUGGUAUGGACACUUGUCCGCAAUGCAAAGAGGACGUUCGAAAGGUUCCUAGGAUAAUCAUGGUUGACCAGCUUUGGCUGUGGAUUCUCGACGAGAGAACCGUAAUCACCUGUUUCCCACGGCGAUGGGGCAAAAACAAACCCGACCCUUCGGCAAUCCACAAGAGCCUGCGCAUGCGUUUCAAGUACGCGCGCCAGGGCGAGAUAUCGUCGGCGUAUGAUUUGGCCCUCAUGAUCGUCGACGAGGUGUCGCGCGUCUUCUUCGACAGGACCAAGACCAACAGCCGACAGCCAAACCUGGUCGAGCUCUUCACGGGCGCCAUCCGCGACCUCACCUACAAGCAGACGGCCGCGUUUGACCAGUUCCUCAUCUACACCCACCUCGCGUCUCGCGACUACAAGCGCGAGCGAUACGCCACCUCUGACAACUCGACGCAGAACACGCUCCUCAACAUCAACCCCGAGGGCAAUCUGCUGAAGGAGGUCAAGGACAUCAUGGAUGAGAUCUACAUCAUGAUGCGCAUCAAGGAACAGCAGCAGUCUGUCAUGGAGAACUUUGUGAAGCACGUCCGCCGCACCAUGGCGCCGCUCGCCCGCCCUCGCAGGGCGGGCGCGUCCCAAGCGGCAACCUCGUGGGAUAUAGUACUCAGCGCCUCGGCUGAAGAUUACCCAUACCGGGACGAGGCGUCUCGAGUCCGCGAGGAGGAGACGCGGGAGCAGGCGAGGCGGACGCUGGCCCGGGCUGACCAUCUCCUCCUGGACCUGGCAGAGCGCAUCUCGGAGCUUCAGGCUCUGUUGCAGAACGCACAGAACACGUCGGCCGCUCUCAAAGACCUCCUGACCCUCAAGCAACAGCAAGCCGGCGUGAUUGAAGCGCGAGAGGCCGUCAAGCAAGCGCAGUUGACGCUCAAGCAGGGGCAGUCGAUCAUGAUCUUCACCAUCGUCACCAUCAUCUUCCUGCCGCUUUCAUUUUGCGUGGGCUUCUUCGGCAUGAACGCGGUCGAAAUCAACGGCGGCCUGCUCCCGCUGUCGACCGAGUUCAAGUACAUGUUCCCCAUUUCGGCCGGAAUCAUCCUCGUUUCGUUCCUGCUCGCCUUCUCGCAGGCCGUGCAUAGAAACAGUGUCGUCACGCUCGGCCGCAGCACGCUCAGCUUUGCCUACAAUACGGCGCUGACGUGGGUGCUGGUCAAGACAGGACUGUACGUGGCCGGCCGCGGUAUGCUGGUGCAGGCGCAUCGACUGCGCGAUCGCGAGGCGACUAUCACGGGCUCUAUGAAGGCCGAGGUUCUGCGCAACGAGAAAAACUUAGAAAAGAUGCGCGCUGCCGGCCAUGUGCGCGGCCUGACGCGUUCAAAGACGGCGUACCAGCCAAACGAACACGACGCCGCAUCGACCAGCGGGAGGACGACGCCGUUCAGUCCGUACAGUGUCAGCACGCCCGUCGGCAGUCCAUUCGUGCCGCAGCAUGGCAAGGGCCUCGGCGUCAGCAUGUCCGAGGUCGAUGUUGAGCUCGGGGAGAGGGUGUCGGUUCGGCGACCGAGCUCGCAGAGACACCUCGUGCAGGGGGGUUAGUAGAUAAGGUACUAUUUGUUUCCUGUAUUGUUGGUUGAAAGAUGUGAAUCUUUCUGGUAUUCAGG